AACCUGAAAGCCCUCUUGUUUGUUUGAAGAUUGCUAGACAGUAGGUACUUACACCAUAACUCUUGUCGACGUGGAAAUAAAACAGUUGUCGACAAAGAUUUCAAGUUCAUAAAUCUGCGCAUUAAUUGAUAACCUUGUACACCAAUAAAUGUAGAGUUUGAAAUGUUUAAGUACCACAACUAGUAAGGAAGUGUCACCAUAAAAUGGAAAUCGAAAAAUGGUGGGUUAAUGACGACAUCUAUUGCCAACGUUUGACGGCAGACUACUUGGAAAAUGCCACCAAAGUGUUAGAAACCUCGUUUUACCCUCAAGGAAACAUUUGUUUGGUUUUAGGUGUUUCGAAAGAUCCGGAAGCUAUCGGCGAACUUCGCGACUUAACUAACGCAGCUGCCAAAGAUGGAAUCAGUGUCAUAGCGAUUGAUAAAAAUACCAACAAGGUUGUAGGAACCGCGUUUAAUAAAAUACAGGUGAAGAAUGAUCCCGUCUUUGAAAAUUUUGCCAGAUCUUGGAAGAAUCCCCGGUCUAAAGCUUUCGUGGAAAUUAUGGCCACCGUAGACAGUCUGUGCAAUCUUUUUGAUUACUGUCAGACUGAUUGUUUGUUGGAGUUGAUGUUUCUGACAACUGCGACUGACUAUAGAGGGAAAGGUAUAGCCAAGAAGCUGAGCGAAAUUACUUUGGAAAUUGGUACCAGUCUGGCGAAGGGUGUCAAUGUUAGGAAGUCGCUUGAUGGUACCGAGCUGCCGCUGGGUCCCAGACCUAAAGUUAUUAGUGCCAUGUUCGCAACUAUAGCGACACAGAAAAUUGGAAGACAUUUGGGGUUUGAAAUGGUUGCUGAAAAAUUUUACAACGAGAUGGAGUUUCAAGGGACGAAAUUUUCAGAUGUUAUUACUAAUGGUAGUACGAAAAUCACGUUGGAAUAUAAGAGGCUAUGAAUUAUUAAGAUAUUGUUAAUGUAAGCGGUCACCAGCUCUUGAAAUAUAAACAGGAUAUGCAGUUGUAGAUUUCAUGUUGUAAUGUAUUAAUUAGAGAUGUACCGACUAUAGUCGGCCGACUGUUCCGCUUUGCUAAAACCGGUUUAUAAAUGCAACAGACAGUGUGUUUUUUUUUCUAUUUCUCUGACUACCUUAAAAACUUGUUUUAUUUUAAUAAAAGGAAUAACUAAAGUUUCUUUGUUUUCCAAAAAAUGUGUUAAAUUUGUUUGGAUAAUUUUAACAUUUAAUUUUUUGUAGUAACUCAGUACAAAAAUAAAGAAUAACACAAUUUAGAGCAGUUUAUACAAUACUUAACCAAUUUUAACCACUUUUUUGGAAAUUUUGAAUUCGCUUUGCGUGUUUAUUGGACCAGAUAUCGUGACGGCGAUUUCAGAAUCGUAACUAGCGGAAGAUUAUCUACACUUUGACACAAAUUUUCAGUCGAUUAAACCAAUUUUAACCGGUUUUGACAAAGCCGACUAGUCGGCCGACUAUAGGCGGUACAUCUCUAAUAUUAAUUAAGGCGUAGAUUAAGUGUACAGUAGGUUAAGUAGGAAGUAGGUUAAUAAUGAGAUGUUAAGGAACGCCACUGCGCAUCUGCGCAUGGCGUAGGUACUGAUGUUUUUUGCAAGGACUGGAUCUCUUCGAGACAGACAGUCGAGUAGGUAAGACAUGAAUUUGUGUAAUAAACACAAAUCAACACGUGCUCGUUUUAUUAAUACUUAUCACAUGUAAAUAACAGUUCAUUAUAUCGUACGUGGUACUAUUUAUAAGUUGUUGUUUUUGUGUUUGUAAUAACAACCUAUAAUAAUUAUUAUUAUCUAAGAAAUUGCACUUUAAAUAAAACCCACUACUUGGGUGACAACUCCAGUGAAGAAGACCUCCGGUACUAGACAGUAGGUACUCACCCCAUAAUUCUUGUCAAAGUAUAAAAGGAACGACCAUAUACUUAUAUCAGUACAGAAUUUACAUUCAAGGUGCAAAUAAUUAUUACUGCAGUUAUCAACAAAUGCUUUUGAUAAAAAACAAACUUGAAGGUUGCAUGUCUGAUAUAUUUUUGAACAACAACUAAUGCAGAACGUGCAGAAAGCACAACACCACAAAA